GCGAAGCACUUAUAGUAUUUCCACUUUGUCAAAUUAUAAUAGAGUCUAGAGUAAGAUACGCGUGUAUUUAAAUUAUAUAUUGAAUAAACUCCAUUUUGUGAUUAGAAUUUAGAAUCAUCUAAGUAAUAGCUAUUUGUACGCAUGUACUUUACACAAGAGACGUAGUUUAUGUUGGUCGUCAAAUAUUUUGACGACAUAAAUUUAUAUCAAGCUGAUAUCUUAUCUCCAGGUAAAAUUAGUGUGUUGUGAGCUAUUGUAUUGUGAAACACGCAUUUUAUUGUAUCAAUUCGAGAUAUAUUAAGAUGUCCAGCAGAACAGUUCUGAACGAGCAGUACAAGGGGCUGGUGGAGCAGCUGUCCAUCCCGGCGGAGGUGGCCGAGCGCGGUGGCCGGCGGUGCGCCAGGAGUGGGACCACCAUGGCCAUACACUGCUGUAGUCCUGAAGAGAUAGCCGAGCGCGCGCAGACUACGCACCACUACUGCGACGUGUUUACAGACGACGUGCUGGCCCCGCUUGGUGAGCUGGCCUAUGUGCGGCUCGAUGCUGACACCGCUGAGAAGGUAUUCCUGAACCGUAGCAAACGUAUCCUCCUCGUCUCCAGCGACGGCCAUCUCGCGCUGUGGCGAUGCGCGCCAACCUUCGAGUCGGCCAACGUGUACGUGGCGGGCUCGCCCAUCGUGGACAAGAGUGGCGCCAUCGUCUCUGUUGUUACCGCUAAACGGGGGAAUCAUUAUGCGAUUUCUAAUGCUGAGGGUGAAGGCGGCUACUUCGAAACAUCAGCACCCUGGGAAAUCCACGACAUUGACGACGCUAAAUUCGCAUACGCGGACAAAAAGUUCAACACUCGCGAAGAGCUUCGCGAAUACAUCAGCUCCCUCCCCCCCGCGGACCUGAGUUCCCCCCCGCGGCCCCUGCUCUUGCGCGGGAAACACCCCCGCGUGGCCUUGGUUGCACAAAAUGGUCGACAGAUUGUACAUAUAUAUCUGUCUGGAGUUUUAACUAAUGAUAUUGAGUAUUUGUAAUGUGGACGAUCAAUAUUAUAAGUGAAAAGGUGUAGAUAGGCUAACGCUCCGGGAAUGGCAAGUCGAAAUGUGGCUAGUUUAGUCACAUUUUAGUUGUCAUUCGUUUACGAAAGUUGAAUAAUGCCAUCUCUCUUUGACAUCUAAGGGUGCUUUACCAAAAUUACCACCAAUAAUAUUAUGCGAAAAAUGUGUUUGUAAAGAACCAAUUGUUGUUGAAUUUAGUUUGAAGUUUAAAGCGUUUAGCGUGAAGCGAUACUAUUGGUUAUUUACAAACACAUUUAUCACUACAUAACACACCCUCGCACAUUAUUGGUAGAAAAGCAGCCUACUCGUGUGGUCGUUAGAGUGUAGGUACCGUUUUUUUAAGAUCGAAAGUUGUGUUGAUAACUAUCUACACCUUUUUCAGUUAUAUCAAUGGAAAUGAUGCGAAAACAAUUACUUACUCAUGGAAAUGUAGAAUAUUCGGAGAUUUUUUACUCAUGUAGGUAGAUUAGUUGUUAAGUAUGGAACGUAAACAGAGUAAUAAGUGUUUUUAAUAUCAAUUGUUUAAUAUUUUUGUAACGGAUUUGUAAUUUGUAUAUUUGUGUUCUAUAUAUCAAAU